GUAAUAACAUGCUGUACCCAAAGGAAGAUAAAGAGAAUCGGAUCCUGCUUUAUGCGUGUCGAAACUGUGACUACCAACAAGAAGCCGAUAACAGCUGUAUCUAUGUCAACAAAAUCACACAUGAAGUCGAUGAAUUGACCCAAAUCAUAGCUGAUGUGGCACAAGAUCCAACACUGCCUAGAACAGAAGACCACCCCUGCCCAAAGUGUGGACACAAGGAAGCGGUGUUUUUCCAGUCGCACAGUGCAAGAGCUGAGGAUGCAAUGAGGCUGUACUACGUGUGUACAGCGCCACACUGCGGCCAUCGCUGGACUGAAUGAGGACACACCGUGUUGCCCCUUGAGGUUUUGCUGUGCUGUUUUUGGACCUGCCAAUGGACAUAUCAGUUCAGGCAUAAUGUAAGACAAAGAAAUCAACAAUGUGGUAAUGAUGUUUAUUUUUUAAAAGUCAUACUUGUACUAAUUUUUUGCUAAUUUUGUAAAUACACUAAUAAAACUUAUUUUUAAAACAA